ACAACCUGCAAGCGACACAGAUUCGGGACCGCCAUGCCUUCCAACACAUGCGUCUUCCUCUUGGUCCUAUGUUGUCUCUGUCUGGCAAUGGCACAAGUGUCCUACGAUGACUGCUGCCUGUCCUACGUGAAGAAGCUGGACAGGAAGAGCCAGCAGCGUGCGGUCAAGUACAGGAUUCAGGAGACGGAUGGCGGCUGCAACAUCCGCGCUGUCAUCUUCACCAUGAGGAAAGGUCGCGUGUACUGCACCGACCCCCGACAGACGUGGGUGAAAGAACUGAUGGACACCAUUGACACCAAGCCCACUCCACAUCCCAAGAGGAACCCCCAAAAGCGCCUGAAACGUUUGUUCAGCUGAAGGCCGUGUCCUUGAGGAGGAACAUAAAGGUCAACGCUUGCACCUCUUAAUGUGACCCUUUGAUGCCGAUCCUUAUAUGUGAAUCACGGUUUAUACCUGCCGCAUUUAGCAUGUAGCAUUUAGCAUCCCGUAAAAGAGUGUUUUCAUCGUCGUUGAUGUGAUUUUCUGCUGUUAAACUUUGUAUAGAAGAUGAUGGCUUGCCAAGCUUUAUUACAAUAAAAGUC